AUGGCAGCGGCCGAGCAGCCGACCCGGGAGGACAGAGAGGAGGAAGAGGAUGAGGCAGAGUAGUUUGUUCUAGUUGAAUUAUCGGGAAUCAUCGAUUCAGACUUCCUCUCAAAAUGUGAGAAUAAAUGCAAGAUUUUGGGAAUCGACACUGAAAGGCCCAUUAUGCAAUUGGAUAGCUAUGUCUUUGCUGGGGAAUAUGAAGAUACUCUUGGAACAUGUGUUAUAUUUGAAGAAAAUGCUGAACAUGUGGAUGCAGAAGGCAAUAAUAAAACACUGCUAAAAUACAAAUGCCAUACAAUGAAGAAACUCAGCAUGACAAGAACUCUUCUGACAGAGAAGAAGGAAGGAGAAGAAAACAUAGGUGGAGUAGAAUGGCUACAAAUGAAGGAUAAUGAUUUCUCCUACAGACCUAACAUGAUUUGUAGCUUCCUACAUGAAAAUGAAGAUGAAGGUGUAGCUGCAGCCUCAGAUAAACCUUUGGAAUUGGAAGAGCGGGAGAGUCAAAUGAAAGACAGUUCAAACCUGAUCUAUGAACAGGAGAAAUCACUGCAUUUGGAAACAGAGGAGUCAAGUCCUCUUGUUGAUAUCCCUUCUUCUGAGAUGGAAGGUUCUGUUUUUACGGAAACUCAAGGUGCUCCCUUGGAAAUCACUCCUAGAUGAAAUGAUUUUCAUAUUGUU